AUGAUACACUUUGCAGAUCUGGGUGCAAUAUCAUUGGCAAACUUUAAUACUGUGAUUGCGGGUUGCAUUGUCUUCGCAUUGUACUAUCUAUUCCAGUUCUUCAAUUCAAAGAAAUUGAAUUUCGAUGCCCCAAUUAUAGGCGAUGCGAGUGAUCUUCGCUCUGCUCUGAUCAGCGGGUACAACCAGUGCCCAAAUACGCCAUUUUUGCUACCAACAGCGGCUCAUCCUACGAUAAUCUUGCCCAUCAAAUACAUCGAUGAAAUUAAAUCUUUACCCCCAGACAAGAUCUCAUUUCUCGAGGAAUUUAGGGAUAGAUACUUUGGGCAUUACACGGCGUUUGCAAACAAUACCGAAGGAGAUGCAGUUACAACAAGUGUCAAGGUUGAUCUCACACAGAGCAUUGCGCGGGCAUUGGAGAACAUGCAAGCUGAGACAGAGCUCGCUUUUGCAACUGAAUUACCGAAACCCAAGGACUGGAUGUCAGUGACAUUAUAUCCCAUCAUAUUAAGAAUGGUGGCAAAGGUCAGUGGACGAGUGAUGGUAGGCGAGCCGCUAUGCAGGAAUGAAAAAUGGAUUCAAAUAUCGACUACAUAUACUCGUGACACCUUCUUGGGGGACGAGCGACCAAUAUAUGCUCUUUAUUCGCCAGAAUUGAAGAAAGUUCGCCAACACUAUACCGAUGCGGCAGAGUUUUUGCGGCCAAUCUUCAACCAAAGAUUCAAGGAGAUGGAACGGGAUGAUUUUGAGAAACCACAAGAUAUGAUUCAAUGGAUGAUCGAUAACUCGGGAAACAAUGCUAAAGAUGCGACCUUUCAAGGUCGAUGCCAACUCACUUACCAUUUUGAAACAGCAUUUGCAGCCUUGCACACUACAUCGGGGUUGUUAGGUAAUGCAAUUCUUGACCUUGCAGCACGACCAAAAUAUAUCGAAGCUCUCCGCGAAGAAAUAGCCGCUAAUCUUCCCGUAAAUACUCAAAUCACCAAACAAAUACUCACAAAACUUCGUAAAAUGGAUUCGUUCUUGAAAGAAAGUCAGAGAGUGAACCCAUUGAAUCUAGUCACCAUGAACAGAAAGAUGAUGGACACAGUGCAGCUAUCCGAUGGUACCAUCUUACCAAAGGGAUCAUUUAUUGGGAUGGCAGCCGGCUCCAUCGGUUUUGAUCCCAGAAUCUUCGAAAAUCCCGACGAAUUCGACGGUUUUCGAUUCGAGAAGCUCAGACAGCAAGAAGGCGCCGAAAACAAAUUCCAACUAGUGACUACAGGAAAGGAUAGUCUGGCCUUUGGCCACGGAACUCACAGUUGUCCAGGCCGCUUUUUUGCCAGCAAUGAGAUUAAGACGAUGCUGAUCGAGCUUCUGCGGAAUUAUGAUUUUCAGUUGCUCCCUGGGACUGGAAGGCCAAAUAAUUUAAAAAGUGAUAUGAGUCUCGUUGUAGACCCAACGGCACAGAUUCAAAUCAGAGAGCGUCGUAGAUAG